AUGUUGUCUUGUGCAGACUGGAGUCCUCCGUACAGCUGGUGUCCACUGUCGGGCCCAGGUUUCGAGUCGAGACGUCGACGUGCAAAGACCCCCAACGAGACUGCCACGCCACACCCCUGGCCGCGUCCAAGACGUUCAACCAGACCCAUCUCGAGACUCGCCAUGGAUCGCAUCAAGGAUAAAUUGAACGCCCUCUCGUCCAAAGCCGAUUCCCUUGAGAAGGAGAACGACUCGCUAAGGGCAGAGGUGCGACAGCUCAACCAAGAUCUGGCAGCCAAAGUCGCCCUGAUUGAGACCCUACACGCAAAGGUCCAGGCGGCCGAGAGGGCGCUCGACGCCGCAGACGACGCAGCCGAGGAGGUCAAAAGGCUCGUUGCCAAGCUGAACAUGCUGGAAAUCGAGGCCGACAACUCCGAGCGGCAGAUCAAGGCCAUCGAGGCAGAGAGAGACAGUUGGGAGAAAAAGUACGAGGAGCAAAGUCAAAAGCAUCUGGCCACGCGCAAAGAACUCGAUGAGCUUGCUCUCCAUCUCGAAAACUUGUGA